CAUUUUGUAGUGCUGCCUCCCUCUCCUGCUCGGACUGCGGUGUCGGGACCUGGCGCGGGGGCGAGACGGAGCGAGGGGAGCUGGGGCCCUCACCUUCCCUUCUCAUUGCGCGGCGGAGCCCCCCCAGCGCGCCCCCUGGAGACAGCUACGAACGGCCCUCACGCCGUGAUGGAAGACGACGGGCAGCCCAGGACCCUCUAUGUAGGAAACCUCUCCAGAGAUGUGACUGAAGUACUUAUACUUCAGUUAUUCAGCCAGAUUGGACCAUGCAAAAGCUGUAAAAUGAUAACAGAGCAACCCGAUAGCAGAAGGGUCAACUCUUCUGUUGGAUUUUCUGUUUUGCAGCAUACAAGCAAUGACCCUUAUUGCUUUGUGGAAUUUUAUGAACACAGAGAUGCAGCUGCUGCAUUAGCUGCUAUGAAUGGGAGAAAAAUUUUGGGAAAGGAGGUCAAAGUAAACUGGGCAACAACACCGAGUAGCCAGAAAAAAGAUACAUCCAAUCACUUCCAUGUGUUUGUUGGGGAUUUAAGUCCAGAAAUAACAACAGAAGACAUCAAGUCAGCAUUUGCUCCUUUUGGUAAAAUAUCGGAUGCACGGGUAGUUAAAGAUAUGGCAACUGGAAAAUCAAAAGGCUAUGGUUUUGUAUCAUUUUAUAAUAAACUGGAUGCAGAAAAUGCAAUUGUGCACAUGGGAGGCCAGUGGUUGGGCGGCCGUCAAAUCAGAACUAACUGGGCAACACGAAAACCACCUGCUCCUAAAAGUACACAAGAAAAUAGCACGAAGCAACUGAGAUUUGAAGAUGUAGUAAAUCAGUCAAGUCCAAAAAAUUGUACUGUUUACUGUGGAGGAAUUGCCUCUGGACUAACAGAUCAACUUAUGAGGCAGACGUUUUCACCAUUUGGACAGAUUAUGGAAAUAAGAGUUUUUCCAGAAAAAGGUUACUCAUUUGUCAGGUUUUCAACCCAUGAAAGUGCAGCACAUGCUAUUGUUUCAGUCAAUGGAACCACAAUUGAAGGACAUGUUGUUAAAUGCUAUUGGGGUAAAGAAUCCCCUGAUAUGACUAAAAACUUCCAACAGGUUGACUACAGUCAGUGGGGGCAAUGGAGUCAAGUCUAUGGAAAUCCACAGCAGUACGGGCAAUAUAUGGCCAACGGAUGGCAAGUACCAUCUUACGGAAUGUAUGGUCAAGCAUGGAAUCAACAGGGAUUUGGAGUAGACCAAUCUCCAUCUGCUGCCUGGAUGGGUGGAUUUGGUGCUCAGCCUGCCCAGGGACAAGGUGCUCCUGUAAUACCUAACCAAGCUGGAUAUGGUAUGGCAAGUUACCAAACACAGUGAGCUGGGACUCUGUUUAAACGUGUGUAUUUCAUGAUAGGCUUCAGUUUCCAGUGAUACUCUGAAGACUGGAAUGUAGACACCGGAAGAAGAAAAUAUUUAUUUUAAAAAUGGAAAUGUUUGGAACCUUUAGCACAGCUUUGCUUUGGUGAAGAACUCACAUGUCUUCUAGUUCUGCCUUUUUAAGUUUUUGUUCAUGAUGGAUAUGAACAUGUUUUUCUUUGUGUACAAAAACUAAAAUAAAGUCAAUAAAGACAAUUCUGACUACAAAUUUUGAUAUAGUAGGAUAAAUGGCUAAUGAAUUCGAUCCUUAGAUUACCAUUCCAUUUUUUUGUUCUGUCUUCAGUGUUUUACAUCCCUGUGCUUUUUAAGAGAAAUGACAUUUGAAAUACAGUAAGUUGCUUUCAGUUAAACAUAAAUCCUGAAAUUUAACUGUGGACCAUUCAUUACACCCUGUAAGACAGUAGUGGUUUUUCAACAAAUAUGAGGGCAUCAUUCAGAAAACAUACAUGCUCUUGGAAAUAUUUUUUUUUAAAUAUUUAAUUUUUCUAUGUGCUUAAAGAAGCUGAAGUCUGAUACAAAAUAAACUUUCCAUCUAAGCUGAAAAACAUUACUGUCUGAGUUAUUUGAGCAAAUUUUGCUGUCCACAUUCAGGCACAUACUAAAACUUUUCAAAUCUGGUUUGCUUUUUAAAACUGUAGUAAUUGCAUUUAAUUUUGAGAAGCAAAAAUGUUUUUGCAAGUAUGGUGUUUGUAUUAGUCAGGCAAUCAUACUUGUGCUUUUUACAUAAAGUUUGAAGGCUACACAUUGUAAAUAUUUAAUAACUACAAUGUUUCAAAAGCAUGCUCAAACAUAGAAGUAGCUUGUAAUUAUUCAAAGUAAUACUUAAUAUACUCUGCUGCUUUAAAUGCAGUAGACUGACAGGAAUGUGCAAGACUGACAUUUCCAAAGUUGGCUAUUAUGUAAAGUUACAUAAAUUACUAUACAAAGAGCCUUAAUUUUAAUUUCAUAAAUCUUUAAUGCAUCACAUUUUGUCAUUAGAAAUCUGAAUUUUUUGCUUUACAUUAUUGGGUAUGUAAAUACCUUCGUUAACCUUGUAAACCUAUUUCAAGGUUAUUAUAAGUUGUAUAGUAUCUUGAGUGUUUUGAAAAAUCUUGGGAUGUUUUUUAAGUCUAGAAAUAUUUUGCCCAAGAAUUUUUUAACAAGAUUGUUAAAAACAUCUUAUUUUACAGAAUAUUCAAUGUGCCAUUUGGUAAAUGGAGAUGCAGUUGAAACAGUACACUGAGUUGUGACUUAUUUUUAACUAAAGUUUUUGUCUUUAUGGGUGGUUUGCAUGUGAUGAACCUGUACAGAGGCUGGGUUGUUUGUGUACUGAGUGUGUAAAUGGAUAAAUCAUGAAGAUGUUUAAAUGGUAAACUUGGGUUAUUUCUGAAUUAUUUUAUGGAUACAUUGAUAUAAACUGCCUCAAUAAAUUUGAAGUUGAAAAUGAAUGUAA